GACACGGAAGCCCUUUUUAAUAACAACAGGGACUCGGUUCUCCCUGUACACCUGAGAAGACAAUGGCGCUGCCACCCCAGCUGAAAACCAUCCAGCAUCAUCUACGAACGGCGCAGGAGCACGAUAAAAGGGACCCAGUCGUUGCUUAUUACUGUCGUCUUUAUGCAAUGCAGACGGGCAUGAAGCUGGACAGCAAAACCCCCGAGUGCCGGAAGUUCCUGGUCAAACUCAUGGACCAGUUGGAGUCGAUGAAGAAGGAGCUGAGUGACAAUGAGUCGGUGACUCAGGAGGUGGUUGGGAAUGCCCACAUCGAGAACUACGCCUUGAAGAUGUUUCUGUACGCCGAUAAUGAGGACCGCGCUGGACGCUUCCACAAGAACAUGAUCAAGUCCUUCUACACGGCCAGUCUCCUGCUGGACGUCCUGUCGGUGUUCGGAGAGCUGUCGGAAGAGAAUAUCCAGCACAGGAAGUAUGCGCGCUGGAAGGCCACGUACAUCCACACCUGUCUGAAGAAUGGGGAGACGCCGCAGGCCGGGCCCAUCGGCAUGGACGAGGAAGCAGAUGAAUCAGGAGCCGAAGGGGGUUUCUGGGCCCCGGGCCCCUCCCAGGAGGGUUCAUUCAGAGGUGGCCCUCUGCCGCACUUCCCCCAGGACCAGCAUCAAGACCAGGAACUAGGUCCAGGACCUGCCCCAGGGAUCGGUUUCACCCAAGAGCCAGGUUCUGGGGCAGUGGGCCCCCCCACGGGCCCCACUGCCAACUACAACAACAUUCAUAUCCCACCGGGGGCCCACGCUCCCGCCAACACACCAGCCGAGCUCCCACCACCUACAGGAGAGCCGGCCAAACCAGUGCCUAUGCCCAGAUCAGUGCCCACUGUGGACCCCUCACUGCUCAACACCUCUCAGGGGGGCGACGUGCGCUUGUCUCCGGAGGACUUCACGCGUGCCCAGAAGUACUGCAAGUAUGCGGGCAGCGCCCUGCAGUAUGAAGACGUCGGCACCGCCGUACAAAACCUCCAGAAGGCCCUGCGGCUCCUCACCACCGGCAAAGAAUGAAGGCUUUGUCCUCCUCCUCCUUCUCCUCCUCCUCUUCCUCCUCCUAUCCUUCUAUCUCAGCCCUGACAGGGCCGGCCGCUCUAUCUGUCUGUUACUGAUCAGAAGGACUGGGCGCCAAGUUCCAUUUUGUACUGCACACACACACACACACACACACACACACACACACACACACACACACACACAGGCCCUGGGAUUAGUGAAGGACAUGAUGGAGGAGGUGUGGGACUGUGAUACUGUGUCAGCCUGACUCACUGACGGGAGUAACUGGCCUGUCUGACUGACUGUUGUGCUGACUAACUGCUUCCAAACAUCUCUGACCAACUGACUGGGGGUUUUACUGACUGUCUGGGUAAAUGACUGACCGACUGGCUGACUGACCGAC